AAUCUCUACACCUGAGAAAGAGUAAAGGGAAGGAGGGGGUCCGAACAGCAGAAAUAGAGGAGAAGAGCCUGAGAUCCACAGACUCGGAGGAAGACCUCCACGCUGAUGAUCUCUUAGGAGACAUCAGGACAUUUCUCCGACUGCUGCCCGGCCCUCCGUUCAACAGGAUGGCUCGGGAUAUGACAGAUAAAGACAUCCUGAAGAUGGAGCUGGAUCAGCUGAAGGUGGAAGUGAACACUCCCCGAAUUGCGGUUUCAACCUCAGCCCCAGAAAUCAUUGCUUUCGUUGAGGAGAAGUCUGGCGAAGACCCCCUGGUCAAGGGCGUCCCCGAGGACAAGAACCCAUUCAAGGAGAAGGGAGGCUGCAUUAUCACGUAGCGGCGGCCCUGGGGUCACCAGGGCUCGGUUCAACGUCUGCUUUUGUAUGAAAGUUUAUU